AUAAGUUUUUCCCAUUACACCUGAAUGCAGCAGUUUUCAGGCACCGGGGACGGGACAACAUGGCUGCCGCUGCGGGUCGCUACUACGGAGAAGGUGGCAGAGCAACGAAAAGACAGAAAACCGAGGACGGAGGGAUGACAACGGAGAGCUAUGAUGACCCUCACAAGACGCUCCCCUCCCCGGUAGUGCACAUCAGGGGCCUGGUUGACGGCAUCAUGGAGGCUGACCUGGUGGAGGCCCUGCAGGAGUUCGGGGCUAUCAGCUAUGUCGUCAUGAUGCCCAAGAAGCGCCAGGCCCUGGUGGAGUAUGAGGACAUGAAUGGCUCCUGCAAUGCUGUGACCUAUGCAGCAGAGAACCAAGUUUACAUCGCAGGCCACCCUGCCUUCAUCAAUUACUCCACCAGCCAGAAGAUCUCCCGGCCUGGAGACCCAGAUGACACCCGCAGCGUCAACAAUGUGCUGCUGCUCACCAUCAUGAACCCCAUCUAUCCAAUCACAACGGAUGUGCUGUACACCAUCUGUAACAACUGUGGGCCUGUACAGAGGAUCGUCAUCUUCAGGAAGAAUGGCGUUCAGGCCAUGGUUGAAUUUGACUCAGUCCAAAGUGCCCAGAGGGCCAAAGCCUCUCUGAACGGGGCAGAUAUCUACUCUGGCUGCUGCACCUUGAAAAUCGAGUAUGCCAAGCCAGCACGACUCAAUGUGUUCAAGAAUGACCAAGACACUUGGGACUACACAAACCCCAACCUGAGUGGACAAGAUGCUGAUGGUGAAGGCAAUUGGAACAAUUCACAAGAUCCCAAUGCCAAUCCCAACAAGCGCCAGAGGCAGCCUGCUCUUUUGGGAGACCAUCCACCAGAUUAUGGUGGCCCUCAAGGAGGAUAUCACAGCUAUAAUGAUGAGAGCUAUGGGCCUCCUCCUCCUCAUCGCAUGGGGCCACCUUUAGGUGGGCGUGGCCGCGGUAGCCAGCGCUACGGCCCUGGAUACGGACCGCCUCCCCCUGAAUACGGCCCCCACGCUGACUCCCCUGUUGUAAUGGUGUACGGACUGGAGCCAUCCAAGAUCAAUGCUGAUAAGGUCUUCAACAUCUUCUGCCUCUAUGGCAACGUGGAGAGGGUCAAGUUCAUGAAGAGUAAGCCUGGGGCAGCCAUGGUGGAGAUGGGAGACUGUUACUCUGUGGACAGAGCCAUCACUCACCUCAACAACAACUUCCUUUUUGGACAAAAGCUCAACGUUUGUGUGUCCAAGCAGCAGGCCAUCAUGCCAGGGCAGUGCUAUGAGCUGGAGGACGGCACCAGCAGCUUCAAGGAUUUCCACGGCUCCCGCAACAACCGCUUCACCUCGCCAGAGCAGGCGGCCAAGAACCGUAUCCAGCAUCCCAGCAACGUCCUGCACUUCUUCAACGGUCAGCCUGACAUCUCCGCAGAGAUCUUCAACCAGGUCUGUGAUGAUUUGGGAAUUAAGAGCCCCUCCAAUGUGAAGCUUUUCACUGGGAAGAGUGAGCGGAGUUCAUCUGGCCUGUUGGAGUGGGAGUCGAUCAACGACGCCAUGGAAGCCCUGGCCAUGAUGAACCAUUAUCAGAUGAAAAACCCAAGUGGGCCUUACCCUUACACACUGAAGCUGUGUUUCUCAACCGCACACCACGCCAACUAAAUAGUGCUCUACCCUCCACCUGUUUGUAAAGUUUUGUGUUCUCGUACAGUGUAUAUUGCAGUAACAUUGCCACUUCCCAUUAAACUGAUCAGUCGCUAUUGACAAAAAGUAGGAUUGAUGUGCUUUAGAGAGCAUUUUGCUUUAACUUAUAGAUUUUAUAUGAUUAACUUUGCUUUCAGUUUCAUUGAUCUAUUUUUUUUUUGUUCACAACACUAGAUUACAAGAACCCCCCCACACUAUGAAAUAACUUCAUCAUGCUGUAAACUCUGAUCCUUUUGUUUUUUUAAUAAAGUGACUGGUAACCUA